AGAAGAAACACAUCUGCUUUGAAAGCCUGACGUUGAGGAUUUCCCAAAGUGUGGCUAUGGAGUACUUGUCAACAAACUUGCCCGUAUGACCACGCAUACACACACACACACACACACACACACACACACACGCACACACACACACACACACUUGAGAGUGAGUGCUGUCACCAUGGCAACCUUUGUGACAACAAACUCCUGCCCAGCCCCACAAUAAACACUUAAAAAACAACUGGAGCAAAACACUUUCUCCAUCCUGGCAUCUGCUUUCAAUCGCUAGCAGAUGAAAAUGUUGGGGUGUCUGAGGGGGGCAGGGGGGGAGGGUGGGGUUACAGAGCUUUUGGGAAUGGGGAGGCAGGAAUCAUCUUUCACCCCCCCCCUCCCCACACCUACACACGGGACGACCAGAAGGAUGCUGAGCCACUCUCAAUGGAAACCACAUGUAGGACAACAGAAGGGGGAGCAUUGGGGGGGGGGGGGCUGUGAUGACUAAACCCUGCCUGCCCUCCACGCCCCCCCCACCACGCAUUCCCACCCACCCUCCGACAUUCCCGACACGCCGUGGAGGGGAGGGAAGAGAGUGAGCGAGUGGCAACAAAAGAGCCAGCAGCAGCCCAAGCGCAACACAAGUGCGGCGGAAACCCCACGGCAAGCCCAAAAGAAGCCCACAGGGAGCAGCGGCGCAGCGGCUCCACACCACUUCGGCCAGCCCGGACGAGCCCCCACGGGACAGGAAGAAGAAGCAGCAGCGCCAGGCAACUCGUGAAGCCGGUCGCCGCCUUCAGCGAGGAGCGACCAGAAGAAGCCCGAAGAUGUCCGCCGCACUGCUGAGGAGAAACUCCAGCAGACAAGGUCUCCAGAACCUCAUCAGGUUGACCGCUCAGAGGAGCGUCGAGGACGCCGAGGAAGCGGAACGCGAACGCAGGAGACGAGCCAGAGACCAGUCGUGUCGCAGGAACAGCGACGCGGCGCCCGCCGAGCGCGCCGCCGACCCGACGGACGACCAACACGCAUCGAAGCCUGGCCGCUCGCCGUCGCCCUCGCCGGAGGAAGACGAAGGCUUCGGCGACUGGACGCAGCGCCGGCAGCAGAGCGGACCACAGCGCCCCCCAGAGGGCGCCGAGGGAUGGCGGCCGGAGGACGAGGACCGGCGCAACGGCGACGCCUUCGAGGCAGCGCCGGAAGACCCCCGCCCCGCCCCCUCCGGCAUUUGGGCUCCGUCUUCCUCCGCUCGCGUUCGGUGCGGUGAGGAAGGUGAAGGCGGCAAGCCGAGGCCGCAGACAGACCGGCCGGAUUCGCUCCGACGCAGUCAGGUGGAGGAACGGCAACCGACCCGAGUGCCAUCCACCGCCAAAGUUUUCCUUCUCCGAGAUUCCAAAGCGGACGCAGAUGCCGGCCAACGGGAAGUGACAUCCCGGCACACCGGCGACCAAUCAAAGAGCAAGUCCCCCAGGUGCGCCGAGCGGGGCGAGACGGAGGCCGGCCUGGAGGCGGAGCGUCGCCUGGAGAAGAUCCGGCAGGGCCUCCGGGAGAAGGAGAGCCAGGAGCUGGAGCAGCUGAAGCGCCGACACGCCCGGGCCGAGCAGGAGCUGGAGGAGCUGGCGGGGAGGAGAGAGCUGAGGAGACGCCUCCGAAGCCAGGAGGAACGACGGCAGCAAGACGAGCGACGGCAGCGCCUCGCCAACGAGGAGGAGGAGCACGAGCGCAUGAAGGAGGAGGUGGCGAGGAGGAGGAUGGACGCGGCCGAGAGGAUGAAGAUGUUGAGCGGCGGCGACCCGCCAGAGGCCUUCAGCCCCGUCAAGACGCCCACGCACAAAAUGACAGAGAGGACCGAGUCGCUCAGCCGCUCCCUGAAGAAAAGUAACAGUUUCAAAAAGAUGCCGGCGGUCGUCCUCGUCAGCAACAUCGACGACAAGAUGGAGCAGUACGCGCACGCCGUGGAGAACUCUCAGGAACCUCGAGGCUCCAAGGCCCCGGCGACGAACCUUCCCAACGCGCUGGAGGCCGUCAACUCCAAGAAGGUCUUGUUCGAGGCCGGCGAGGCGCGGACCGGAGGUCCGCCCAAAACGACAACUUGUCGGGACACUGACAGUUUAAAGGUGGGCGUGGCCAACCUGAUCACCCAGUGGGUAAAGGGCCAACCGGACGGCGGUCGACCUCCGCCGAGCCGAGCGGCGGAUGUGAAGUGUGGAGAUGUCAUGCGCAAGAAGAACAUGUGGGAGGUUAUCGGAGACUCGUCGGGGAGGUCCCCCACAAACGUCAAGGGCGCGGCAGCCCCGAGUAAGACGUACACCUUUGUGGUGACCGGACACGGCAAGUACAAGAAGAUCUCGUCGGACCAGGAACACGCCACGAACAGAAAGUCGGAUUUGUGUCCAAAUGAAUACUGACACACACGGUGGCCUUUUGUGCAGCUCGGCCACGCCCGACGCGGCAAAACUUUAUUGAACAUCACGGACAGUCGAAGUUGCUCCGUGACCGCUUGAGCAUCUGCUGACACCGGCCCAGUCAGGAGCACGUUCAUCGAUUUCUUGGAUGACGUCGUCGGACCUGGACAAUCAAUUCCUGUUUGCAAUUUGCUGUCCGUGGUUACCUUGCAAUCACCGAGGCCUUGUGCUUGUAUGACUUUGUACCAUCGAUUUUUUUUUUCUUUUAAUACAACAAUGAUCCUGUACGAUUGACUUAUCGCUUCCAAAAUUGUCUAUUUUUGAGGUUGACGUCAUAUAUCGUCCAGUUAAAACGUCGCAUUUUUUGGAAAUUGUAAUUUGACAGGAAUCAUAUGUAUAUAUAUUUUUAGGUGGCAGUCGUCGAUAUGACCAAUAAAAAGGAUUCAAUUUUCAAGA